GGUCCGGGCCCGCUCGUCGGCUUCGUUCCAUCUGCUGGCGUAUGGUGCGUUGGGCUCUUGCGGGCCUCGGUUGCGGUUGGGCUCGGAUCGAAGCAGAGAGAGCCGAAGUACGGUGGAUGUACAUAUCUGGAAGGAGGGAGGAGCGCAGGGGAUCUGAUCUUGCUGCUGCGAGUCUUGUGCCAUCGGGGGGCCUCGGAGGGCAUGGGGCUCAUGUGACAGUGUCGCGGUCAGAUCGGUCCGACUGAUGCCUGAAUUGCAUUGAAGCGGGGUUACUUGCUGCCUGCGCACGCAGAGAGAUGGAGAUUCCAGCGCAGGGCCGCAGUGACGGGAAAGCGGAGAAAGUCCGGCCGAACGGACAAUAGAAAGAAGGAAGGAAGGAAGGAAGGGCGUGCAGUCAGUCUGUGACAGAGAGCUGAGCAGGGCAGGGCAGGCAGCAGAGAGCCCCUUUUCUGUCUUUCUUUCGCUCCGCUUGGCGUCGCCUUUGGCCUACUUUCGUUUCUUUUCCUGCCCCCUUUCCUUAAAAGGCUCCCACCUCCAACACCUCCAGUGGCGUGCGUUCUAUGGUCCAGUGCCCGUCCCGUCCCCCCGCUACCUCCUCCGCGUGUUCCGUAUAUUAGACUCGGCUCUGGGCGACUUUCAUUCCCCUCCGCCUCUGCUGUUGUAGGAGCACCCUUUGCCCCGAGCGAGUGAGCGAGCGAGCGGCUGACUGACAGUCGAGUCGAGUCGACGCCCAUCGAGCUGUAGUGGCCUGAGGUGCUUUUGGGCGAAUGUGUCCAACUCGGACGAGGAGUGAGCACUUCUUGGACUCCCGUUAAAUCUUUGCCUGCGAUUCUACUCCUGCUCCUCCUCCUCCGUCCUCUUGCUCCUCGGGCCUUCCUGUUCUGGUUCUUACCUGCUCCCUCCCUUUCUCCCUCCCUCCCGCCCGCCCGCCUGCGCCUUGGUCAAAGAUCCCGUCUCCACUAUCGCUGUCUGCGUCUGUCGACAAGCACGUCGCCAUGAAUUUGCUGCUCCUGCAGCCCCCCACCUGAAGCUUCUGGGUUUUCCCCCAUUGUGGGCUGCCUGCCUUCCUGCCUGCCUUUAAGUUGACACAAUUCUCCACCAUUUGACUUCGCCUCUCUUCACCGCUCUCGAGCAUUAUCCGCUCAGGCUCCCGUUCGGGCUCGACUCCUCUCGCUGCACGUAUUCGGGCUAUACAAUUGGUUGGGCUCUGGUCCGAAGGUUGACGCGGCGUUCUCUCUGCCCCGCUCUUUUCAACCCCAUCCCCCUCCCUCCCAUCCUGCAUCCUGUUCCGGCCUCGGUGCUCGAGUGAUUUGAACGAGUGACUGCAUCUUGAGGAUCUUUCUUCCCGAGGAGACCCCUUCGUUGCCUUCGCGGCGAAUUUUGCACCUGCAGGUUAUGGUGGUGGUCGUCUUCCGAGGAUAGUCAAGUCAGAGGCGUUUCAGAUUCCGACGCAUUGGUAAAUAUUGGAUAAUUGUCUCGUGGUAGCGGGAUUGUGAUUUCUUGCAAGAAUUCGACGGGCGUGGUCGGGCUGAGCCCGGUAGAGUGGAGGCACGUCGGAAGUCCGAUUGACAGCAAGAAAGAGCUCUUCUUCCGUGUCUCGAUAAGAGUCGUGAUCUUGCCGUCGUCGGCUUGACCUGUACCUAGCUACUAGGCCGAGUCCGUGGAGAAACUCAGAUAGGCCCGUCGACCAUCGUGCUGACUUGUCAAUUACGUCACGAGCUUCAAUGGUGGGGGUUCGCUAAUGUCCGCAGAUAGUGACGGGUUCUUGGAGUUUCUGCCGAGCGAUUUAAGUCUUAAAGAAUCAUGCCAGGAUCAGGCAUGUCUCCAUGCGCUGCCUGCAAAUUACUGAGACGACGAUGUGCUAGAGACUGCGUGUUUGCGCCAUACUUUCCUCCGGACGAACCACAAAAGUUUGCCAAUGUGCACAAGGUUUUCGGAGCAAGCAAUGUCAACAAAAUGCUGCAGGAUCUGCCGAUACAUUCGAGAGGGGAUGCCGUGAGCUCCAUGGUGUACGAAGCGGAUGCAAGAGUGCGCGAUCCCGUCUACGGAUGCGUGGGUGCAAUUUCAUCACUCCAACAGCAGGUCGCGCAGCUGCAGACUCAACUGGCGGUGGCCAACGCUGAGAUUGUGUGUAUACGUAUGCAUCAGGCCGCAUUGGUGUCGAACGCGCACCAUAUGAAAGACGGAAUGGUCACGAACAACUCUCCUCCACUAACGCCGCCCUCUCCAGAACUCAAUCACCACAUGAAACCCAUGAUUGGAGGACUCGAACCGUUGGAGCUCACGGAACCUCUUUGGUCAUGAGACGAGCCUACGACCAGCAAUCGAUUCGCCUUUCACUCGGAUUAUCUUAAGAGGAUGAAGCGGGUUCGUGCACACUCAGAUUCUUUCACGAAACUGAGCCUCCACGACCAGCCAGCCAUUUUACGCACCUCGUUGAAGAGAGUUUUUUUUAUCUUUUAUUUUUGGUUCCUCUUUUCCUCGUUCAAGAUUGUCAAUACGUUGUACAUUUGUAAUACUCGACCCGGUUUGCUAGGAGAGAUACAACCUGGGCUCAACCCUCCGUCUUUCUUAGCAAUCCUGUGAUCGUUCCAUAUGGCUCAGUGUGAUAGCAGUUAGAACAAGGCUGGAGAAGCUGUUCCCCAAAGCGGGUUGAAUGCAAAGCAAGGUUGUCGUUCUUGUGAGUGUUAGUGCAGGAUGUAAAAGCUGAAACUGGACCGAUGAGGCCGUACUCGCUGUUCUUCGUGCCCGCUUCCACUGUCACGUUUUCGGACCUCUCUAGAAAUUGUCCCUUACAAUCUUGUCGGGAUUCUAGCACUUACCCGCUGUUAUGCCGAUGGCAGCAGCUAGGACUGUACAUACCACUGUUUGUCCUCAGAAGGAAUUGUCAAGCAUCACUCUGAAUUUGUCUGCGCCAAGUGGACAAUUUCCACUAGACGAAGCUACAGAUGAAAUGUAUCAGUGGGCGCGUUUCCGGCCUUCGCUGUUAAAAAACUCCUGUUCCCU